CUGCUACAUGACUUUACACCAAUAGAAAACAACCACAGAAGAAAAUGUUCCACUAGACUGGCCAAUCACAUCGUAUACUUCCUUUGACAGAAACGUCUGCAGGGGGCAUGAUAUCUUUGAGAAAGAAUGUUUCGCUGUCUUCUAACUCUCGGUCAUCAUCACACAUGGAGAACCUGCACAUUUUUCUGGUCGUUCUCCUAGGAGUUGCAUCCCACGGUCAUGAUUUGAUUUCUGGAUCAGUGUUGGAGAAAACGGUCAGACCAGGAGAAAACAUCACUCUCUACUGCGACUGUACAUUAUCAAGUGGAGUAUACAUAGUGUGGUACAGGAACUGCUCUCAUGAGAACCAGCCUUCUCUUGUCCUUAGAUCAGGACCAUUACCAAAAUCCGAAGACUUCACUGACAAUAGGUUUCAACUGAAACUUCCCCCUCGUUUUCAUUUGGGGAGAAACUCUUCUUCUGAAUCCUAUGACCUGCUGAUCCUGAACAUCACUGAUUCUGAUGAGGGCUUCUACUACUGUGGAACUGAACAGACAACAGUGGAGAAUGCAGAAUACAUUAAUCGCAAAAUGGAUUACAGAUAUGGCAACGUCACCACAAGGAUCCUAUUCAACUCCAUUGAGCCUCACCAUGAGACUCCACGAGACUGUGGUGAAUGUUGCAUUCUGCUGUUCUCCCUUUGUCCAGCUUUUGCUGUUCUCUCCUCUCUCCUCUCCUCUCUUCUGGUGUAUCAUCUCUGUCGGAAAAAAGCUAAAGACCUUCAAGCUGAUCAGAGAAGACCUGAAACAAGCCCGCAUCAGGAUGAAGAUGUGUGUUAUGCUGCGCUGGAAAUCCGCCAGGCAUCACAGAGACCAAAGAAGAAGAAAACCCAGAGUUCUGACUUCAGCACCUAUUCAGCCAUCAAUACUUCUAGGGUGUAGAGAGUCUAAAACAAAACCACAACCAUUAGUAUAAAACAUCUAAGGAUGGGAUCAAACCAAGCGCAACACCAAAUCAGGCCAUGUAGCUGUAAAGUGUGAGGUGGAAAUGGCCUCUUCACCCCCCUUUCUCAGACUGCGCCCAUCUUUGAGCUUGAGCUUCCGUUUGAUCACAACUACACAUCUGUAAAGUUUCCUGAAUGCACAGUUACGACGCUAUUCAGGUCACAAAAUCUGUCCACAGGCAUACUAACAGAUGGCAAAGUACUACAACCGCCCCUCUGUGGUAGUUCCCCCUUCAGUUGGUGUCUCCAGGACCACAUUUUGCCUUGAUGACACGCUCAGACUCUCAGGGUGAAAACAAUAGACGCCUUGCAGCUGACGGUUACUGCUGGAUGCCCCGUAUUGUCUUACAGGUUCAAGUCCACUGUCAAACUUUAACAUGCUUGCUAUAAAUCUACUGUGUGACAUCAAAAAAGUAGACCUAAAUAUUUCUUAUUAUAGACUAACGUCAAAACCCAGCUCAGAAAUGGUGUGCAGCAUUUAAGAAUGCAGAGUGAAAACCGACAGAUAGCCAUCGUCUAUGCAAUGCACAUUUUGUCUUAGGUCCCAACACAAUAUAAUGUAUUGUAGCGAGCUAACGUUAGCUAACCUAAGUGUUAGCCUGCUGAAUCAGCAGUCUCCGACAAUAUCAGUCAGCAGAAAACCUGAGGGGAGAUUCCGUCCAAUUCUGUUCUUUGAUAUCAAGGUGAGAAAUCAGGUACCUCAGUUAACAUUGUAAACAUUAUGGUCUCAAUUGCUUGUUUCAAGUCUUCUUCAAUACAGCAUGAUGUUCAUUCAGUAAAUGAUGGUUCCAUUCAGAGUCAAACAAACCAUGAAACAUUAUGCUUUACGUUGUGGCUACCAUCUAGUUUUCCGGUUUUGGAGUUGUGCCUGUUUUUGUUCAAACAACUUUAAACCUUUCUCAGUGUGUUUUUCAAGCUCAUGAAAUGUAAUUGUAGCCCUUUUGAUCGCCUAAAAUGUCUUAUUCAGCGUUGGGUUGUACUUAGCUCCACCCUCCCUUGUCAUCUCUGGCUGCAAAAACAACAACAUUGUGACAGCCAAAAAACAAUAUGGUGAAGGCCUAAAGCGGCAAAUUCAAGGCUUCAAAGCGGCAGACCACAAACUUAUACAAAUUCAAUUGUAUAAAGAUCAGUAAUAUUGAAUGUAAUUCCUUUGUAGGGAUACGUAUUGGCCAUUCUGUCACUUAUAUUCUCCAAUUCAAAUCUGAGUGACAAUCAUUACCUAGAAAUGAUUUGUAUAAUAAAAUGUUAUGCAGAAAAAACUGUUGCUUUGUUGUUUGCUCACGGAAGUUGGAAAGCAAUGAUCAAU